AUGCCUGAAAAAAAAAAUAAUAAUAUAAACUUAUCUUCUAGUAGUAACACCUCAAAUAAUGCUAAUAAUCUUGAAUUGCUUUUAGAAAAUAAUAGUUCUAACAAAGAGUUUUUAGAUAUAACAAUUAAUAAAGGUCUCUAUAAUAUACUAAAUAAUGACAAUCAUAUACUUCAAUAUGAUUUAAAUAAAUUGUUUGAAGAAUCUGAAAUAUCUAAUGAACCUACAAAUUUUGCUUUUGAAAUUGAAUUAGAACAAGACCUUAUCAUAGCUUUUCUAGAUCAACAAAAUUUAACUAAUGUAUCAGACUUGAAAGCAAUUGAAAAUAAAUUCUGUCAACUUGCAAAAAUGCUUAUUGUUUUACUUGAGUCCGGUUCUGAAUAUUAUUAA